UUCAUACUUUAGUAGGGGAAUGUGCUCAAUUUUGACGAAGUAUAUCUCCUGUGAUGCGGAGUUAGCGAAACGAAUCGGCCUGUUAUUCGCGCGAGAUUCACGUCCGUCCGAUUUGUUUACCAACACACGACUCACGAGGCAAAACAAGGCCAAAUAUAGACUCCAGGAUUUCCAAGAAAUGGGAGACAGGAAUGAUCGCUCUGCAAAUGUAGACUUGCUGAGAGGGACGGAGAAGUACCAUGGCGGGAGCGGUGACCACCGACGCGAUGAGAAAAACAAAUAUGGUGUCUCAUGGUACAAGGAUGAUAAAGACCCAGGCAUUGGCAAAUACCCGACGGAAGAUGAGAACCCAAAUGAGAACCUCGUGCAAGACGUUUCCAGUACAGCUGUUCUCACGCCCCUUGAUGAUGAUUUGGUUGGUGAAGUAACAGACGUGCCGGACCGAGGAAAUUGGGGCGGUCGAUUUGACUUUCUCAUGUCACUGUUGGGGUACUCUGUCGGAUUGGGAAAUGUUUGGAGAUUUCCUUACCUGGCCUACAGUAAUGGUGGUGGAGCGUUCGUGUUCCCUUUUGUGCUGAUGUUGUUCCUGCUUGGUCUGCCUCUCAUGUUCCUGGAGCUAGCGCUUGGCCAGUACGCUGGCCUCGGGCCAUCCGUCGUGUUUGGGAGAAUCUGCCCUCUCUUACAUGGCCUUGGAUAUGGAAUGAUCUUCAUCUCAGCUGUGGUUUCCCUGUACUACACAUGCAUCAUUGCCUGGUGUAUACUCUACCUGGUAAUGUCCUUCCGUAGUGAGCUUCUGUGGGAACGCUGUCAUCCAGAGUGGGCAAGACCAGGAUGCUACAGUUAUUUGUCAGCUGACGAAUGCCAGGCAACGCAGGGAUCUUUUUUCUUCAACAACACUUGUUUUGACCAGAACCAAACCGAUCUUCUGGGACUGAGAAACAUUACGUUUAAGAAGCAUGCACCCGCACAAGACUAUUUUGAGGUUGGUGUGUUGAACAUGUCAGACGGUAUUGAGCACUUGGGGAUGCCGCAGUGGCCCAUCGUUAUCUGUCUGGCUGUGGCCUGGGGCAUGACCUUCCUGGCCCUCAGCAAGGGAGUCAAGUCCACCGGCAAGGUUGUAUACUUCACGGCCCUGUUCCCGUACGUCGUGCUGCUGAUCCUGUUUUUCCGUGGAAUCACACUACCAGGAGCGAAGGAGGGAAUUCUGUAUUACAUUACACCCAGAUUUGAACGCCUUGGCAGUGCUAAGGUGUGGUCAGAUGCAGCUGCCCAGAUUUUCUUUGCCCUGUCUCCAGCCUGGGGUGGGCUGAUCACCCUCUCUAGUUACAACAAGUUCCACAACAACUGCUUGAAGGACACGAUGAUUGUGGGAUUUGGCAACAUCUGUACAAGUUUGUUUGCUGGAUUCGUUAUCUUUGCUAUCAUCGGCUACCUGUCCCACGAACUAAAUAUGCCCAUUGAUAAAGUGGUUGAGGAAGGUGCUGGUCUGGCGUUUAUCGUUUACCCGGACGUAGUGACCAGGCUGCCUAUAUCCCCUCUGUGGGCCAUACUGUUCUUUGUCAUGAUGAUUACUCUUGGAAUGGGUUCGGAGUUCGCCCUGUUGGAGACGUGCAUGACUGCUGUCCAGGACACAAUGCCUUCUUUGAGAGAAAAGAAGACCUGGGUUGUCCUCUGUGUUUCCAUUCUCGGCUUCCUGGGAGGGCUGGCCGUAACAUGCCAGGGGGGUAUCUUUGUGCUACAGUUGAUGGACUCCUAUGUAUCAAGUUGGUCCGUGUUUGUUAUGGCUGCAACAGAGAGCUGCCUCUUUGGAUGGAUCUAUGGUACAGAACGAUUUUUACAGGACAUUGAGAUGAUGAUCGGAGACAUGAGACGUUGGCGCUGGUUCUUCAAACUUUUCUGGCAGUACCUUUCACCGCUAACACUUGCUUUUGUGUUCAUCUUCAACAUCAUCCAGUACAAACCAAUCAAGUAUGAUGAGUACUACUACCCUGCCUGGGCUGACGGUCUUGGGUGGCUACUCGCCCUUUUCCCGCUCGCAUGGAUUGUCGGCUCUAUGAUCUGGAAGGUCAGACAGCUUGACGCGCCAAAUAUGACUGUAUUACAGAAAGUGAAGUUUCUGCUGAAGCCAGCCCCAGAGUGGGGUCCAUGCCACAAAAUUCCCAAGUUUGAUUUGACGGAUAUCCAGGGCAAUGGGCAGGCCAAGAAUAUAGAAAACCCAAACUUUAGUAGUAACGAUAGUGUAACUAGAAUUUAAUAGGCAGUGAUGGCUUACCACAGAAGUAGCCUUACAAGAUACCAGCAUUAGUAGCAGGAGUGACGGCUUGAAACAGUUUCAAGGGAGACAAUCAGAAUCAUGGUGUUGAAAAAAAUAUGAAAUUGAAAGAUUUAGCUGAAAGAAUUAAGAAUGUAAUAUUGUUGGUGUAAAUGAAAUGCAUUGUUUCCGCAGUGCUGUUAAGAGGUAUUAUGAUUAAGUUAAACUUAAGAGGUAUAAUGAUUAAGUUAAACUUAAGAGGUAUAAUGAUUAAGUUAAACUUGGGUUGAUAACAAAAGCAUUUUACCUACAAAAGCAUUUUACCUUAAAGUAAUUGGCUAUAGUAACAGCAAUUUACCUCAAAUUGUGUUGAUGUUAAUUGUUAUUGAAGAAAUAUUAAUGUCUUGUUAAGACCUUUGAUUUGAAAAUGACAAAUAAAUUAUGUUGGUUUUUGUGACCAAGUGUUGUGACCAAGAUUUUCAUGUUUAAAGAAACAUUGCAUUACAUUUCAAAUGAACUCUGAGAACAGGUAUUGUGGUUUGUUUCCUUAGAAGGCAAUAAAAUGAAGUUUAUUUUUGAAAAGUUAACAGGACCUUUAAAAUAAUGAUUAUACUUUCCCAAAAUACAAGAUCAUAACUGUAUGAUCAUUGCUUUCGGCCAAGUAUAAGGCAUAGAUGACAAAAAUAAAAACUAGAGAAAUUAAGACAUUGAACUAUCAAUUUGUCUCAUGGUGUUCUAGUCGAAUGAUGGUAUAUUAUUAUAAGAAUAAUUGGAAUGGAUGAAAGGCUUUAAUUAAACAUAAACAUUUAUAAGGGCAGGGGCGAAGCUAGCAAUACAUAAGUUAUUGUGUGUGUUACGUUAAAAUGAAAGAACAAUUAUGAAAAAAAUCACAAAAAAGAAAAGACUGGUGAAUUAAUGGGGUAAGGCUCUUGGUUCAGGAAACUAUACUUAAUAUGCAAAAUGGUCUGGCUUAGCCCCUGCAGGGGACUGAUUGAUUGUUGACAAUGUUUCUAAUGCUGUUUCUUCUUUGCUAUAUUCCUGCCUGAAAUAUUUUGAGAAUAAGAAUGUUGAGUGUAAUGGAUUGUAAAAGAAGGUUUUCAUAUUUUGGAAGGCUGUAUUAUUUACAAUAGUUGAAUUAUGAAAUUCAUACAGCUCUCUCAUCAUAAAUAUAAUAAUGUUGAGACUAUAUACUUUUAAUGCAUUAAGAACUGUUAUAGCUUGAUUUGACAGAGACUUUGUUAAUGUGUAUCCAGUUUACAUUUCUAACGUGCUAAUUAUAAAAUGUGUGCUCAGAAAACGAAUUUUUAUGAUGAAGUAUGUUAUUUGCUUUGUUUUAUUAAGUCAAAUGAAGUGCUCAAGCGUUUAUGUUAAGUUGUUUUAUGUGUUUUAUUUCUGAGAUUUUUUUGUAAUUAUAAUUAAAUUUUACUUUAAUUUACUUGUCUACAAAGAGUGCUACAGUCAAUAAAAUAAAUGAAACUUUGUUUCAUAAAAACAGUAUUUUUGUGAUAAAAUAUUACAUUUUUUGUUUCAAUAUUGCAGAAAAAUGUAAUCUUUAUGAAUUAAAUACCAAAAUAUACUAGAUUUUUAAAACAUUAUGCACAAAACAUCACUCUUUCAGACGGAAGUUACUAAUUUGUGUGACAUUUUACCAAUGUCCUGUAAUUUAUUCUCCCAUUUUAAAUCACUUUUUUGUGUAUAGAAUCUCAUGAACUCAUACCUUUACAUUUAAUUAUAUAUAUAUUGUAAGAUAUACAUAUUUUAUCUUAAUUCGUAAGUGCUGAACUCAGAUCAAGAUUUCAAUUUUUACUGUUGUUGUCACAGUUUUCCUUGUUGAUUGUUUAAUAUACACUAAAUGUUUACAUUGUUUGUUAAAGCCUUACUGUGCUACUACCAUGUCUUUUUAUUAGACAUUUUACCUAUUUGUUAGUUUCUCGUUAUAUUGCAGGCGUUUGAAUAUGCAUAAGAACCCAUUUGUGAAUUGGACAAAUAUCAGGGGUUGUCCCCGAGACUUAAGUAUUUUAGCUAACAUUUACUUCAUGCACAGCUCAAUUUACAUGGUUACAAAAUGUGAAAAAUAUCAUGAGUACAAAAAUAUAUACAAAAAUGGUAGCUAUAAAAGAAAUGGAAGCCGGUGUUUUGAACAAAACCUACAAAAGCCUUGUUUAUUUUAUUUUUAUUGAUCUGAAUUUUACUUUUAACAAAUAUUUUAGUUGUACAAGUUUCACGGAUCUGAUCAGUGUAUAUUUUAUUUGUAAAUACAUGUUUACUUGCAUCGAGUUAUUGUGUAUCAACUGUUUUUAUUAUAGAUCAUUUCAUAGCAUAAUUUUUAUUCGAAAGCAUACUCAUUUCCUUCAUUUAUUUCAAUAUAUAUUUUUACCAUGGCCUUGUUCAAUGGAAAUAUGUACAUCGGGAAUUUUAUUAUCGUUAUUGUUUAAAACUUACUUAAUUUAUUUGAACUAUCUGGAUAGUAAUUUCUGAAAAAGUGUGCUAUGAGGUUAAUCUUGACUGACAAUUAAUUGUUGUCUGUUGAACACUAGUGUUCAGAAGUAUGUUAUGACAAUUAAUUGUUUUCUGUUGAACACCACUGUUCAGAAGUAUGGUAUGACAAUUAAUUGUUAUCUGUUGAACACCAGUGUUCAGAAGUAUGUAAUAUUUAAUUCUUAUCUUUUUCAUAUUUACUUUAUUUUUAUUUUUUCUAGCUUUCAAAAAAUAUUGUCAAUAUUAACAAAUCCCUUGCCUAUGCAUUGUAUUCAGUUUAAUUAGAGGCAAUUCAUUUAUACAAAGUUUGAGGGCAGUUUCGUCUCAAAUUCUAGGUGUGCUUUCUUAUGUUGGAGUGAUUUACAAAAAUAGAUUUCUUAAUUAAACAAACCCUAUAAGUUUAGACCAAGUUUAGGUAAAUGCAAUGAAUGAAUGCAGAUUGAAUUUAUUAAUUUGUGGAAUUUGCUUGCUUUUUAGGGUAAUUUGUUUUUGUUGACAAUAAUAUUAUGGCCCUCCUUGGGUAGCUAUAUCUAAUUAUAUAUAUUGGAAUGUUCGUCUUGUGUAUGUGAAAUCAUAUCUUGCUAACAUUCAUUCAUACUCGAGAACCAUUGAUUAAUAACAUUAUUUGGGUAAAUAGUUUAUUACAGUAAGACACUUGUUUUAUAUACAUUUUUCACAUUGUUUUGGACAUUAAAUAUUGCAUGACAUAAAUAUAACAUUACAUAUUGUAUUUUGAUCAUCAUGGCUUAUUGAUGUACAUUAAUAUGUUUGUUUGUGUGUAUAAUUAUGAAUCAGAAUGCACUUAAAUGUGGGAAACAUGUAAAAAUGUGAAAUGGUAGAUUGCUCAAAAGUUGUGACAGAAUGCAGUAUGAUUACAACAAUAUGGAAACCAUAGUGGUUCUAAUUUGGGAUUAAUCCUGUCAUUGAGAUUGAGAGCUUUAAAUUACUGUAAGUCUAUUGCACAUUUGUAAAUAAUUUAUUUUUUUUGCUCGAACAUUUGCAUCAAAACAGUAGGAAGAACCUUGAAAUGAAUUUGGAAAGCAUUUCAAUUGGGUCUUAAGCCCUUUACCCUGCUUUUGGCCAAACAGAUCUUGGGCUAUUUUUCGGAAUUAACAAUUAUCAACUGUUAGAAUACCUGAAGUUUCUUGUACAUUAAUCUAUUUAAUUAUUUUGUGUAUUAUAUAUCCUACUCAUGGUCUUGUACUGACUUACAAGCAAUAAAAGAAAACAAACUGCUCAAUUGGGCAUUUCAACAGCUACCUGGUUACAUCAAUCAUUUCCUCAUACAUAUAUGCAAAUAUGACACCAUCUUUAACCAUGAUUGAUUCAUCUGCACAUCAAUAAUGCUACAUUUUAAUAUACAAGUUCUAUGGAUAUCUGUCCCAAAUGAUUUUGACACAGUCAGCAAAAAAUAAUGAUAAGCUAUUCAUAUAUUGAUGUUUAUCUUGGGUAUUGUUGUAAAAGCCCUUUUUGGCACAUGAUUUAUUAAUAGCCACCAAAAUGUAUGCAGAAUUUCCUCAACCACAGUCAGGUGGCACUGUACAAUUUUUUAAAGCUAUCAUCAUAACUAUGGUGUUGAAAUUGGCGGAAAUGAGUAUCCGAUCAUGGCCAUUCAGCAAAUCGAUUUCGCACCAGGCAGUUUUUUCCUUUAAGAUUCCAGCAAGCAAUUUAUAUACACACACAUUUUUGUGGCAUUGUUAACACCCAUGUUGGUCAAUUACCUAACAUUUUAGAGUCUUUGUUAACUGUAUAGCUUUAUGAUUUAUUUUGAUUUGUUUAGAACUUUUGCUGUGAAGUGUAUUUCAUGACAUAUUUGUAUCCAUUGAACUUUCAAACCUGAAAUAUCUGAAUAUAAGCAGCAUUGAUUUUCAUUACAUGUAGUCUAUGACACGUACAUCUUAAAUUCAAAUUACUAGUAUUAUACCAUAUGCAUUGAGUUGACUGCUAUAAUAUUAUUUGAAGAUGUUGUUUAUGUAGUUGGUUACUGGUGUAGAAUUUCAAAGAGUGCUGUGGCUAUCAGGUUUGAUCUGAAUUGUAAAUAUUUUAUUUCCGCAUUUACCAGAUAUUGUAAUUAUCAAUGUACAAGAUAUCCAUGCUUUAUUUGGUUGAGGGUAACGCAAAGAAUCUCAAACACAACCAGGUGUAAACUCUUCAGACAUUCAUAAACUUGCAGUUCCUUACCUCAGCAAGAGAAAAUGAAAACAAAAACAAAAUGUGUUUUAUAUAAUUCUAUGAUAAUCAGAAAUAUUGUUUAUUUUCAUCCCUUUAGUCCUUUUCCCAUAUGAAGUUAGCCAUUUUUUGUCAAGUGUAUACAUACAACUUUGUAAUAAUGUAUAUAUUCUCUCACAUGUAUCAUGUAGCUUAUAGUUUGUCCUGGCAUGAGAAUGCAAUUGAAAUGCACUUUAUUUAAAAGUCUUAUUAUUUGAAAUCACCUGGAUGAAGGAUUUUAUGAACCAAAAAUUUAGUGUUUUUUUUUUUAAUUUUGUUACAUACAUAUUUAUGCAAAUUAUUAAUGUUCAUAUGAAUGGUAUAUUUUUACCAAGUAUUUUGAUUACAAAUACUAAGCAAACAUUGGAAUAAUGAUGCCACUUUUAUGCUAUGGACUUGUCAAUAGAAACAGGGAGAUCCUAUUUCAAACAUCAGGUAGAAUUAUAAAAAGUCUAUAACAGCAAAAUCAAAGUACUGAAAGUUGCAGUCUUGUGCCAUUAUAUAUUCUUGUUGUAUAUCUUUCCCCUCUAGUACCUGCUAAUGUAUUCCUAUGUGACAGGACAUUUGUGGCGUGGGCUAACAAAAGUAGGCAAGAGUAUUCUAGGUUGCCUUGAAUUAAAAUGUUAUGGUUUAUUAAUUCAAGUAUUUUAAAUUAAACAUUUUGGUAGAGGUAAAAUGAUGAUCAAUAUUUGUUUAGCAGACACACUUUAUAUAUUAUGUGGCCAUUUGUCCAAGGUUUUGAAGCAUUUAGUACCAGGAAAAAUAAUUGUCAAUGAAAAUUGAUUAUGUCAGGUGUCUUGUUAAUUGCUUUCAGUUGAUAAUAUGCUGAAAUAGUAAGCCCAAGCCAAUACUAAUAUCCUGUUCACAAAGGGUUGAAAAAGUAUUCAGCCGCUCCUUACACUUUAUUUUUUUCCGGCUUUCAAUGACGAGAGGGAUUGUCUGCACAGGAGAUUUUUGUAUGUAGAUACACCCUCGUCAUCAGAACUGUGCACAUGCUACACAAGAUUGAGCCAGAUUGUACAUGGUGGAGUGAAGUGGUUCUAGCUGCUCUUGUAAUGAAAUGCUAUUACAUCUGCUUCACUUCCAUUUCUUUGUCAUGUGCUCAUAAGUAUGGCAAUGCAUUCAUGUUAUAUGCAGUUGUUGGUUUGACAUUCAUUUAUCAAACGAGAUGAUUGUUUCUCUUAUUGCCAGUGACAUAUCUUUGCAUGAAUUCUUUAAAUCGGUAAGAAAAUGGCUGCAUGUUUGCUUAGCUAUAUCUACCAAAUGAACUCGAUUGUAGUUAUAUGCACAGUUCUGAAGCUUUAAUGCACGUUGUAUGAAAAUUUAAUGAAGAAACUAUUUUACCACCAUGAUUAUAACAGGUCUAGGGGUUGAGAUUUGACCCCAUCCUCACCUUGCAUUGCGCUCUGUAAUAUAUCCUCCCAAUAAAAUGUGAAAACUU